CACUCAUCACUUCAUAUUUAAAAUAAAAGGGGAGCAAAAGAGUGUCUCAGGCCAGAGUUAAAAGUGAAGAAGGUGUUAUCUGAGAUUGCUGGGGUCAUCCUAGCCUGCUUCCAUCUCUGCCACUGUUCCCAUUCCAUAUAUAGCUCCUGAGGACUGCAAUUUCCAGCUCUCUCCUCCCACCCCCUCCAUUUCUGCUUCUGAAGCCUGUGCCCAGGUCUUGGCCAUUGCUGUGGUCUUUGGGCACCCACUACAGUACAACAGGAUGGCUGAGAAGCAGGAACAACCUCCAGCAGCCCAGGAUGGUGAAAAGGCUGAAAACGCAGAGGAAUCCGCAGAGGCAGAAAAGCCAAAGGAACUGGAGGAAUUGCCACCCUUUGAAAUUGUCACAGGAGAACGGCUUCCAGCCUCCUUUUUCAAUUUCCAGUUCAAGAACGUCGAAUACAGUUCAGGAAGAAACAAGACCUUCCUGUGCUACAUCAUAGAGAUUCAGGGCAAGGAGUCCAAAACCUUACGGGGCUACCUGGAAGAUGAACAUGCAGCAGCCCACGCAGAAGAUGCCUUCUUCAAUACCAUCUUGCCCACGUGUGAGUCUGGUCUGCGCUACAAUGUCACCUGGUACAUCACUUGUAGCCCCUGCGUAGGCUGUGCUGAUCUGAUAACUAAAGCACUUCAGAAGAACAAGAACCUACAUCUCUCUGUUGCAGCAGGUCGUCUAUUCAUGUGGGAGGAACCUGACAUACAAGGUGCCUUGAAGAAAAUGAAAACAGCUGGUUGUAAAUUGAGGAUCAUGAAGCCUCAAGAUUUUGAGUAUGUCUGGCAAAACUUUGUUGAGCAGGAAGAAGGUGAAGCAAAAGCAUUUACACCCUGGGAAGACAUUCAGGAGAACUUCCAAUUUUAUGAAGAAAAGCUUGCUGAACUUUUGCACUGAGGAAAAAUCGGCCAACCCAAUGGAGCAAGAAGCAUGAUAUACUCUGACAUUUGGGACUCUCAACUCAGUUUUCCAGAGCUGCUUUGAAACAGGAAACACUACAAGUCUCCAGCUGACAUGCUGC